UGGGGAUUUAAGGUCGAGUAAAGGUGUUUUGAAAUUUCCCUUCUAGUUUAUGCCUGAAAAUGCCGCGAGAUUACGAUAAAGAUGUGUAUCCCGAGCCUCCCCGUCAGACUCCAGUGGUGGAUAAGCAAUCGGCACUGCCAAAUCCAGCGUUAAUAUUGUCAAAGCUCUUUUACUACUCUGUCGAUCUGCCAGUAACCACAUUAAGAGGUGUUAUCGAGGGCAUCCAGGGCAAUAAGUCCCAAUACUUCCAUCAGAAGUUCCGUCGUGUUCCAGAGCUGACCGAAUGCCAGGAAGGAGAUUACCUGUGCUACUAUGAAGCCGAAAUGCAGUGGAGGAGAGACUAUAAAGUGGAUCAGGAGAUUGUGAAGGCAAUCCAGGAGCGUCUCAGGGCCUGCCAGCAGCGAGAGGGACACAGUUACAGACAGAACUGUGGCACAGAACUGCAGCAGUUUAAUCAAGUUUCCAAGUCCUUUCAAUCACGCUAUGGGGAUCUUGGUGCAUACGCCAGUGCAAGAAAGUGUUUGAUGAAACAGAAGGAGAGAAUGAUGGAAGAGACAGAAAAGGCAUAACAUUUCCUCUGCUUGAUCUCGCUCUCAUCUAUGUAUCAAAGUGUAAAAUAAAGUUAUUCAAAAGUGACUUUGUAGUGGUUGUUUUGGCUUGAUAUGGAAAAAUGAAGUUUAUUACUUUGCACUUAAGAUCUGCGUUACACAUUUUAGGUUGUUUUAAAGGUCAAGUCAGUGUUUUAUUUUUAGAUAAUUGGUUAAAGGAUGUAAUUUUUGAAGAAAUUAAAUUACACACGCACUUGAGAUGCAGAAAAGCUGCUUGUACCUUGUAUUUUACUUUAUGGAUCAUAAUAUGGACGGGACAGGCGAUACUUGUAUUCAAGGCAAGAACUUUUUGCCCAGCACGUUUAGAUUUUUAAUGAUGUGAAAAUGAUUGUAAUAAACGGGCUUCUUGUUUGAGCACCUUUAGAUCAGGUUUACACUGACUAUAUAGUGGAGGUCCAGAAUUUACACCCAGCUAAUCAAACCAGAAUGAUCAUUGCACUAAAAUUGGAUUGCCUAUAUUUCAAGUGAUGUAACAGAAAUUGGACAAAUUAUACUGCCAACAUUAACUUGAAGCCAUAAUGCCAGCAGAUGUAAAACCAGAGACUCACUAAUGGUCAAUCAAUAUAUCAGUUUCACCAAUUAAACUGUGCCGAUAGUUGCUUUUUAGAACGAUCACGUUAUCUCAAAUAUAAACAAUGAUUUUUGCAUUUUAUUCAUGUUACUUGAGUUACACUUCAGAUUCUACACUAUAACAGCAGCCUCUUAAAGUGAAAUAAAAACACUGACGUCUCGUGGGGAUUUGCUGCAUCCAAAUCUGUCAUAAUUGACAUUAUUCUUCCAUAAUUUUAACCUAACUUCAAUGCACAUUUUGAUAAGAUAAUCAAGUUUUAUAAAUAGAAGCUUAGGGUAACAUGUUUGGCAACAUGCUCCAUCAGCACACUGUGUCUCAGACUUGAUAUAUUUUCAAUAACAAACCUAAUCAAUUAAACAUUUACACAUUUGGCCGACGCUUUUAUCCAAAGCGACUUGCAGUGCACUUAUUACAGGGACAAUUCCCCCGGAGCAACCUGGAGUUAAGUGCCUUGUUCAAGGACACAAUGUGGCUGUGGGGAUCGAACCAGCAAACUUCUGAUUACCAGUUAUGUGCUUUAGUCCACUACGCCACCACAUAAAUAUAUAUACGCACACUAAAAGAUUGUGUAGCCUCUAAAUGCUCAUCAGAAAAACUUGUAACAUUUUAUAAAUAGAUCUUAAAAACGAUCGGCCAAUUAAUUGGUUAUCUGCCUUCUCCACCAUCUCAUUUAUCUGUAUCAGCAAAAUCCACUGUCAUCCUCUACCAGAGACCACCAUUGUUUUUCCCUCUCAAAUGAGAGAUUACCAUAAUCCUAAAUUUUACCAAUGGACAGAAAGUUGUCUGUCCAUUGAGGCCAUUAUGCAACAAGUGAGCUUAAUCAGAAAUCUCAUAUUGAAAACUUAAAAAUCCAAAACCCAUUCUAGAAUUAUUUACUCCUAGCAUAUCUUUUUAAGAGAAGUUCAACAUAUAUUUUUGAUUGAAGUUGGGAAGUUUCAAACAAUGGAACACGCAUUCAUAGAUGGGUUUUCUGUCUGGACUUUAUUUCAAACCAUUGUACAAAGUUUAGGAGGCUGCUGGAAGAUCUCCCUGGGUUCUCUGAACAGAGACCCUUGUGUGAGUCUUGGCCAGAUGAUCAGUAAAUUCCUG